AGAAAGGGUUAUCUCCUUCAAUCACAUAACAUAUUGAUUCUGAGUGAGAAAGUAAUGGAAAUUCCAUUUUUGGGAGAGAUUUGAAAAGAAAAAAAUAUCAUCAGAAAAUGGGUCAUCACCUUGUUGCUGUACAAUCAUCGCCCCUUCUUCUCCAAUCACAUUCUCCCCACAUCCCAAGGGUAGUGGCAGGGAAAAUUAUGUUCAAGUGUUCUUUUGAGCUACCUGCAUCAAGUAAGGUUGUGACCAGAGGGGUAUUAUCUGGGCUUGCAGCAUCAGUUUUCUUUGUUUCUCAAACGAACCAGAUUUAUGCAGCAGAUAUUUAUCAUCAGCGUAGCUUAUGCCAGCUUGCCAGUGCCGCUGAUAGUACGCCAACUCUUCCACUUGAUGAAGGAUCUGAUGAUAAAAGAAGGAUGCUCAUGAUGAUGAAAGCUAUGACCUCAAAAAACUUUGACCCAGUCAGAUAUUCUGGAAGAUGGUUUGAAGUCGCUUCACUUAAACGUGGCUUUGCGGGACAAGGUCAAGAAGAUUGCCACUGCACGCAGGGUGUUUAUUCUUUUGAUAUGGAUGCACCUGCCAUCCAGGUUGAUACCUUCUGUGUCCAUGGGGGCCCUGAUGGAUAUAUUACUGGUAUAAGGGGAAGAGUUCAGUGUCUUUCGGAGGAAGAUACGGAGAAAACUGAAACUGAUCUAGAAAGGAAAGAGAUGAUUAGAGAGAAAUGUUACCUUCGUUUUCCUACAUUGCCAUUCAUUCCGAAGUUGCCCUAUGACGUGAUUGCCACUGAUUAUGACAAUUUCGCUCUUGUUUCUGGAGCAAAAGACAAAGGCUUUAUUCAGAUAUACUCGAGGACACCUGAUCCAGGACCUGCAUUCAUAGAGAAAUACAAAACUAAUCUAGCAAACUUUGGGUAUGACACAAGCAAAAUCACUGAUACCCCACAAGAUUGUGAGGUGAAGUCGAAUAGUCAGCUAGCUGCAAUGAUGUCCAUGUCUGGAAUGCAACAGGCUCUAAUGAACCAAUUUCCUGAUUUAGAAUUGAAGCGCGCUGUUGAAUUUAAUCCAUUCACUAGUGUAUUUGACACUUUAAAGAAGCUGGUUGAGCUGUAUUUCAAGCCGUGAUUGAGCUUCAUCUGUUUGCCUUGUGCUUUUUGUAUUAUAUAACAUAGAGCUGCCAAAUACAGUUUGUAUUCUCUUAAUAAUACUAAUUCUUCUUUGGGAAGCCACUGAAAAUUAUCUUUUUA